GCUGCUGCUCUGGGCCUCCUCCAUAUGCCACACUCGCACUGUGCUGGGACUUUCCUGUCACUCCUGUGUUGGAUAUCCUGGUCUCCGCACCUGCUUCCACAGCUUCCCAAGGAAUUCCACAUCUCCCCAGCAAUCUGGGUCUUUCCCAGCAGUGCUGCCCUCUCUGGCUCCCCUUCAGAUGCUCUGUACUUUCUCAGAGGGUUUGCUGAGGCCUUAUGUCCUUGGUAUUUCCAGCCCCUCCAGCAUCUCCCAGUCUAAUUAUUGUGCAUUGUUCAGGGAGGCUUUGGAUGGAAAUAAUGUGUACUGGUUAAGGUACAGAAUGAGAAAUCAAGAAAACUGGCUUCUCUCCUGCUUUUGCCAUAGGCCUGUCAGGAAACUCUGGGAAAAUUUGGCCAAAACUCCUUUAUUCUGUGUAAUUUUGGUAAGCCCUACAAGUACUCUUUGCAGGACAGGAGAGUAUUUACAAGCCCAAGUGCAAGUGCUGCUCUUGACAGCUUUGAAAAUCCUGAGCGGGGAACUAAUGUGGGCUCAUGGUGAAGUAUCAAAAGCAAGGCAGCUGAAAUUUCACCCAGCCAAACCCAACAGUCAUUUUUACUGUAUCAUAGUUUGCCCCUCCAUAAUAUGGGGAUAAAGUUGAUCUUUCUUGGAGGACCUUGGGGAGGAAAUACCAUAAACACAUUUGCAUUUCAGAAAUGCCUACACAUUGCCAAUCCAAAAAUCAGAAGCUUUUUGACCUCUUCACAUCACAGAGAAAAGGGUGUGGUUUUUAGUCACCAAGUCAGGAACGUGGCAGAGUCCCUUACAAUACCAAGUGGUUUUUGCAUGCUUUCUACUCCCUUUACAGCUUUCUGUAUGAGGUGCUUUGCUUAGCUGUGAUUGAUCACUGCAAGUCAGAGGGCACCAUUUCUUCUGCAGCUGGGUUUUUCAUAUGAAUUUAAAAUGUGCUUUCCAUUGAUUGUGACAGCACAACACUAAUGAAUCCUGAACACAUGUGUUAAUAAAUCAGCAAGUGCUGCAAAUGAAGCCCUCAGCUAUUUAGCUUAGAAGCUCACUGGGCCAGUGACACACACUGUAUGUUUCUACAGUGCUGCUGAACUUUGCUAUCACCUCUGUGUGCUUUUGCAGUCCAAACAGAUGACAAAUGAAGAGCUGCCACUGCGACAAUGUGACCUCUCGUGAUCGAUAAUUUGCAUGACUAACUUAGGUCUCUUGGGGGACCAAGAAUGGGCAUCAUCUCCAUGCCAUCUGAACCCACUUGGGGUGUAUUAAUCAGGCCACACAGCUGACAUCUCUUCCUGUUGCCUGUGACUCUUGCCCCCCAUGGGCUGAUAAAGGAACAGGCAUAGAAUAACAUGCUUUGGUCACUGGGUGCUGGGGUACCACUGUCCCCCUCCAUUAUGGGGUGAUACUAAUAAAACAUGAAUCCUAAAAGCAAUAAGGAAAGGGGAAGGGAAGAAGAUAAUCUCCUUAAAGCAUCCUCCAUGCCCUCCGUUACCCUGCUGUUUUUCUGAUAAAGGCUAAAGCAAUUCAGCAUCAGAAAGGGGAAAGGGACUUUGCUAUCAAGGAGAGUGUGGGGGAGGGAUGAGCGUCUGUGUACACUUUCUGAUAAUUUAUUGCUGGCAUCUGUUGCAGCCUCUGCUACCUACCCUUCUGAAAUGUAGGUCACCCACAUGCCCUGCCAAUGCUCAUAAGCCAGGCUGUUAACGGAGUCUGAUCCCUGAGCCAUGAUCCAAGGGUUAGUGCAAAGGACUAGGAGAGAUAAUCAGAGAGAGAAGUUGCUGGGCUCUGUUUCUCACAGUGUCUCAUCCUAGUGACACAGUCACCUGUCUCUCUAGCCUCAGUGUUGCUGUCUGGAAAUGGAAUACCUUUAUCCACCUGCCAAGAGCAGAGGAACUACUGGCUAUUAUCUCAGCCUUACUUCUGAGGGUCAUUAAAUACAAAGUAACACCACCUACAACUAUGGUAAGAGCCAUUCAUAGAGCAAAUGGAAAGCUUCGGAUAGAAGGUGCCACAGAAUUGGGAAGUGUUACUAAAACAGUAUGUGGAUGCAGUUAACUGAAACCCUCCCCACUCCCAUAGCACGAUCCUUGGGACCCUACCCACAAAAGCUAAGGCUUUGGAAUGAUACUGCAAACAUUACUGGUGUCUGGGUAGAGAGAAGCAAAGCACAAGAGAGGGGUAGUGUCUGCUGUAGCUUUUAUGCCCUGGCAAGUGCUGCAAAAUCAUUACAAUCUCCUCUGCACCCCCCCCCCCCACUCCAUGGUCCCAGCAGUAAAGUUCCCUGUUCAAUCUAAUUAGGGGAAUCCUCAUUAGAGAGUCCUCUAGAGUCUGACAGCAGGCCAAAUGUCCAAGUGGCACUUCAACUCAGUGUAUUUUUGGCCACUGGAGCCCAUGGGCCAGAAAUGGAUGAUUUCAUUUUGUUGCUUUGAGCUGAAACUAAAAAAGUUGUCUUUUACUGUCCUAUAUGAACAAGUAAGAAGAAAAGGGCAUCACCAGCGCCACAGGCUACCCUGUUAAUUUCUCCAGAGUCUGGAAAAGACAUGCAACUCCAAGUACAUGGAAGAAAGCUCUGGAUACUGUGUCCCAUGGAUCACAGGGCAUUCAGCUGACAUAUUGCCCUAGGGAGAAGUAACCAUCUAGUAAGCCCAGGAGAAAGACUAAUGCCUGGUUUGUGGAGCCCUUGGGUGACUUGGAUGACUUCAGAGCAUUCAGAGCUCCAGUAAUGCUAAUCAGCCUUGAGCCCCCAAACCCAAGCAAUGCCAGGCGGGUUCGGAAUGGCAUGGUGCCUCUUGUCUUGAGUUGGGGGCACACAGGGGGCACUCCUAGGUCUGGCAGAGUGUUCACAGCUGGAAAAAAACCCCUGGCUCUCAGGCUGAAAGCAGCCAGACAGAUCUGGUGCUGCCAUGGAGAGGCUUGAGGUGUGGGCAAGUGCUAGUUGUCCCAGGACUCGGUGUUCCCAGUGCUGCACUGGCAGUGAGUGCAGCUGGCCUGGUGCUCUGCAGAGCAGAAGGUAUCUCUUGGGCCACAAUAAAACAGCUAAUAAAGUCAGAACUCAAGAUAAGUCAGAGAAAGCAUUUAAAAAAGAAACCCUCAAAAAUCCUCUCUGCUUCCUUGCUCUCUCCUGACUGUGGAAUAUUAAUCACUAAGGGUAUAAUGUGCUUAUGGGCAGUCAAUGCGUGGGAGAAACUGUUUUCUUCCAGAUCCUUGGAAUUAAAAUUUCUCCAUAAACUUUCUACUUCAAGGUACAAAUGCAGAAGCUCACUGUGCUUUGCCCUUCAGCAGCUAAGAACCUCUACCUAUUCCAAAUCUACUGUUCUGCCACCUGAACAUAUGGUAUGCUUGGAGAAGCAGGCAGUUAUGUGGAAGACAUGGAGGUUGAUAAAUAUGGGUUACAGAAGAGUCCCCAGCACAUGUGCAAGCCCAAGUCUGUGCACAUAUUUGUAACUGUAAGCUAGACUGGUGACUAGAAUAUGUGCAUUUGUACAUGAAGGCAGUCACUUUGAAGUCUUGGAAACACGUGUAUGAGUGCACACAGGGUGGCUGCUAUCUAUGGGGUGGGAGUGUUGCGUGUAUGUGACAUGCUUUUAAAAUAAUCUUGGGUUUAUCAAGGCCCCUCCAUCUUUGUGCAUGUUGCAGUGCAGGAGACAGCAUUAAAGCCUGAACAGGUGUUAAUCACUAUGCACUGUAAUAAAUUCUAAACAUAGGGAAAGGGCUUAUUUAUACACGGCUGCUCCUCCCACCCUGCACUCUCUGCUCGAGCCUUGGUGCUGCCUGAGAGAAAGAGGCGCCCGUGAGGUACCAGAAACCAGUGCAAGAGCUGGACUUGCCCUGCCAGAGUAGAAGGACCUAGGGGUAGAAAUCUUGACCCUGCCACCAUCCCCAUGCCUGGGUGUGCCAGUCCUGCCCUCAGCCCCCCACUGUCACCUGGGGAUGGUGCGGGUGAACUGCACAGAGCAGUGAGCGGGGCAGGAGAGACACCAGCCCAUGGCCUGUGAGGGGGCCUGGGCUGAGGGGAGAUCACAGAGGGAAACCGAGUCACAAAGCACUCACGGAAGCUGAUUUUGGGCUUUUUUGUUUUGUUUUGUUUUUUUCAAAAAAGCUUAGCCCCCCAAGUUGGAACUGAGCCAGCUGAUACAGACGGGGUGUUACAAAACAGAGCCAAAAAGCAAGAGCACAAGGAACAGAGCUAUCUAUAACCCCGACAAAAGUUAGAUGGAGUGAAGGUGGGGAAGAGGGAAAGACAGAGCGUGGCAGGCGGCUGCCCCUGAUGCUGAGAGCAAGGACGUGAUCAUUUGGCAACAGGAUUUGGAGCUGAUCGACUCGCGCUAUCCAGCAGGCAGAUAAGGCUCUGUGGCUGUCAGCUUAACUCUGCCGUUUAUUCCAGUGCUGUAGGGAGUUAAAUAGAGCACACGGAAAGCCUGCUGCUGGGGAAUGAAAGUCAAGGAGGGAAAGGGAAGGAAGAGGCUGUAAUUGGGCAGUGUCCGGGGAAUCAGGUGGAAGUGGCUGCAGGCAGAACCUCUCCAGGACCUGGCAGGCAGGCUACAAGGUCAUUCCUUCUCCUUUUGGGGCUGUGUGCCAGGCUGGCUUUUGGAUGUGAAGACACGCUGGAGAAGACAAGGAUGCUGCCUACAAGUGCUGGCCACCGGUGGAGGAGCAGGUUCCUCAUGAGGUGGCAAGAGGCUUGUCUGCUUGGCUGUUGGCUGUCACUAUGUGCUGCUGAGUCCUUCUUUGCUUGUCCUUCCUCCUGCAAGUGUAACAGUGGCAACCUGGAAGUGGACUGUAGUGGCUUGGGCCUCUCUUCCAUUCCCUCAGACAUCCCCACAAACACCAGGACCUUCCUCUUUCUCAACAACAAACUCAGCAUCCUGCCAGGAGCAGUGUUUUCCAACCUCUCCGCUCUACAGAGGCUGGAUCUAUCCAACAACUUCUUGGACCAGCUCCCUCAGAAUAUCUUCAGUGACCUGGGGAACCUCACGGAGCUCCAGCUGAGGAACAACAGCAUUAGGGCCUUGGACAAGGACCUAUUACAGCACACAGCCCUGCUGCGUCAGCUGGACCUCUCCAUCAACGGCCUGGCCCAGAUCCCCUCGGGAAUCUUUGACGACCUGCCUGCUCUCCGCUCCCUCUCUCUCAGGUCCAACCGCCUGCAGAGCCUGGACAGGGUGACCUUCGAACCGCUAACCAGCCUGCAGCUACUCCAAGUUGGGGAUAACCCCUGGGAAUGUGACUGCAACCUCCGAGACUUCAAACACUGGAUGGAGUGGUUCUCCUACCGAGGUGGCAAAAUUGACCAGCUGGCAUGUACCCUGCCCAAGGAGCUGAAAGGGAAGGAUAUGCGAAUGGUACCCAUGGAGAUGUUUAACUACUGCUCCCAGCUGGAUGAUGAGAACAGCUCUACCGUGCUGGACAAUACUGGCCCACCCUGCACUAAAGGCAGCCCAACUCCUUCCAAAUCUAAAUCAGGCCCAGAAACAGAAGUGGAGCCCAGUGUGGGAUGCCCUCAGAAACAGCGAUACAGGCCCGUGAGCGUGCGCCGGGCCAUUGGCACUGUGAUCAUUGCAGGGGUGGUUUGCGGCAUCGUUUGCAUCAUGAUGGUGGUGGCAGCUGCUUACGGCUGCAUCUACGCCUCCCUCAUGGCCAAGUACCACCGGGAGCUGAAGAAGAGGCAGCCGCUCAUGGGUGACACAGAAGGUGAACACGAAGAACAAAAACAAAUCUCCUCUGUGGCGUGAAACUCUUCUAGGAAGGAAGGGACAGCGAUGAAAAAAGGUACCUGAGAGCAGUCAAGCAUGGGGUCCUCCCAAAGUACAUCUUCCCAGACAGAGAGACAGACUGUGCUAUUGCUCCACUCACCCAAGUAGUGCAACAUGCUUCUGGGGGGUCAGGGCACCUGGCUCAAUUUCUUUUCCUCUGCCCCAGGCCCAUUUUGUGCCCUUUCACCCUUGGGGCCUCCCAGACAAAAUAAAGUAGUCAGACCUCGAGUGCUUGCUGUGCCUCAUGCCCUUGCACAGAGCUUCCCUCACAUGCCUGCUGCAAAGGCAGCUGGCACAUUCUGGGAACCUGUGUUGUUCUCUCAGCUUUGGUCCUGAGUCAUCCUGUAUCCUGUCAAGAGUUCUCUGCAAACCGAGAGCAGCUCUGUGAAAGCUUGUGUGGGAAGCAGGACACCAGAAGUGUCCAUGCCUCACUGUCAGGGUCACUACCUGCAAGUCAGUGCUCUUUACAUCAGAAGGGAGGAAAGGUCCCCAGGGUAGGACAACAGUCAGUGGGAGAGUUCCCUUCUCAUUUUUAAAGGUGGAAAGAUAACCUGUGUCACUUUAACACGCUGCCAGGAGCGCAGUGUCCUUCUUUUUGCUCCUGGCCAAGUCCAAAUCUGUGAGCUGACACACAUGUCAUCUCCUACAGGUGCACAGACAUGGAGUCACCCUCCUGUACACACACACACUGACUCAUUCUGAUCCCAACACGCACACACAGCCAGCCACAGUUCCAGAUAUCCAGGCACCCCACCUGCAUGUGCAGAGCCACACAUGCCCAUGCUGAUCUGCCCUCUGUGUGUUGAAUACAUUCAGCCACUUUACCUUACCUUGAUCACAGCACUGCAUAUCACCUUCUGCUUCAGACAAAAUACAUGCACACUGCCACUGAGGAGCUAACAGAGACAUCUCAGCCCUAGUGUAGAGCCAGUGGAAACUGGCAGGAGACGGCAGGGAGAGGCAAAAUUAUUGAGAUUACAGCAUGAGUCUGUGAAAAAAAUAAGGUGUAUUCUUCUUAUCUGUUUUAUGUUUUCUCUGAUAAAUGGAGAGGGUAAGGAUACGAAGCCUCCAUUUAGAAAUGUUUGGCUGGCAGAGUAGAACUGGGUCAUCAGGAAAGACUAGAGGAGGAGGUGGCUUACCAGCCUCAGUAACAUAAGCCACGCUGAGUAGUGUGAGCCUGGGGAAAGGUGUCAGGGGAAGAAGUCACACAACUGGCAUGGCUGGUAGAGGGGCCUGCACGGCCUGUGGAGCAGGGUGAUGCAGCUGAGGUGACUGAAAAGCAUGGGCGCAAUUCUGAGGGGUCUUGAGCUGAAGGCAGAAACCUGGAUCACAGCGUGGCAGGUGUGGGAGAGCCCAGGAAGGGUCUGGCAUGGAAGGCAGCACAGCCCACAUACGCUCCCCUCACCAUCACUGGUGUGUUUGACACCAUCCACAGCUGCACACGAGCGUGCCCACACACGCAACUGCGCACACUGCCACUGUCACGCAGGGUGACUUCCCCCAGUCAGACUUUAAAGCCCUCAGACUGCAGUGCCUCCUAUUAGUUUUUGCUCAUUCUGACCUGACAGGGGAAAAAACAAAAAAAAAGUGAGAGGGGAAAAAAAAAAAAUGAAAGGAACUCGACAUAAGGACUCAUUUUGUAUCACUGGAAGUGGGAUAAAAUGCUGUCUCCAGGGGAGAGCGCACAUUGCCAUGGUAACCUGCUCUAACCCGUCACAGUGGGUAUUCCUGGGCGAGGAAGAUGACACCGGAGGUCGUGCAUCCACAGUGCCUGUGGAUGGUGUGAUCCCUGCCAUCAGGAAGCAAGCUGGCAGCCAGCCCAGCUCUGCAGGGUGUUUCGCUGGCAACCUGUGUUCAGAGCCCAGCAUGCACUGCAGGUGGACCCUGCCAGGGCACAUCACCUCUUCCACCUGCUCCAUCUGAAUCCCGAUGCCUUCGGACAUCUCGCAGCCCUCCCGCUCGCUGUGACCGGAUCCCUGUGGAAUCAAUGCACGCUGGCUCCUCACCCCCUUCUGGCCCCAGACAGGUGGUUGUACUGACCCACAGGCACACAACAUCUUUAAUCAAAGCCUGGAGUGGCAAAAUCCCUCCUGGUCUACCCAGGGUCACCAGAGGCAAGGAGACAGGAUGCUCUGAGCUGUUUAAGCAUGACUUUCCUUCGACACAGGGACGCAUGGGACGGGGGAGGAUGUUCUUCAGAAAGCAGAAGAUGAGGCUGCCAUGGAGGAACAACUGGGAGAAGCAGUCCACCCACAAGUGUGCACACACAUUCUACCCCUGCUCCCAGCACACUGCUUGUGAGGAACUGGAAGAGGAGGAGGGGGGCUGGCAAGACGUGAGGAGGAAGGACUCUCACCCCAUACACUGUAUAGCCACUACAACCAUCCCAUCUGCUCCAAGUGUAGCCCGUUCUGAAGGGCAGAACUGGUGCACUGCAGACUCCAUAUGCGUGUCACUGUUGCUCCACAUUCCCAGCAAGCCAGGACUAGACUCUGCCUGCUGGAUCCAAACCUCUCCCCAACCUCCCUCUCAGGGGAACUUCUCCCUUUACCAUACUGGACUCCACAAUCAUACUUGAAAUGGGACUUGAGUCAGAGUGGUAUAUUUAGAGAUCUAUAUUUUACUUGCAUCAAAUAAUGGUGAAAUAUUGCACAAAACAAAUGGGAUCUAUAUAUGUGUGUGUGUGUAUGUAUGUGUGUGAGUGAACAAGAGAGUGAGAGACUGUUUUAAAGGGAAUAGACCAGAGGUAAAAUGAAUGGGAGAAAGGCAGGGCACACUGCAGGGGCUGAGGGGAUGAAAUCCUCCUUUCCCUGCACCUUCCCUGUGACUUCCUCCAGCCCUGACCAAUUUUUCUUUGUUGCUAAUAAUAUUUUCUAUAUCUUGUGUUGUGGGGCUGCUGAUGACCUUGCCCAUCCUUUCCUUUUUUGUUUUAAUUUAUACAGCAGAAAGUCUGGAUUUAUCUCAACCCUAGACAAGGGACUGCUAUGUUUAGAAACCCACCCAGGAAAGGAGAGAACUGAGUGCUGCUGAGAAAUAUGAAGGCUGGCUGCUAUGGGGAGUCCCACUGGAAAGCAAAUACUGUGCUGGGAAGGAUGAGGACCUCUCACAUGCAGAGCUGAGUAACUGGGUUCACUGGGAAAUACCCUCUUCAUGCCACUGUUUGCAAACAGGCUCUUCCUCCCUUCCCUAGCACACCUGGAAAACAGGCUGCCCUGGUGUGACUGAGCUGCUGCACUGUCCACAGGCACACCAGGGAGCAUGGUACCUAGCACGGUCCAAAACAAAGCUCUCCUGUGGGAUGCUGGAUACAGAAUGACACCCAGUGCUCCUUGCGUGCUCAGCCAAUGGGUUCCUUUGGUGUGUGGAGACAGGGGCUCUUGUUAUCCCUGCAGGCAUGGCUAGACACAGGGAGAACCCCCCUGAACGUACCCUUUGGUGCAGGCAGGUGCACCAAUGCUCCACGCAGGCGCCUGCACUUAGGAAAUGGUAUUCUGGGGUAGGCAGGUCCAACACAUGCCAGGGUGAUCUAGGGGCUGGCAGGGCCACCAGAAACACCCCUUCUGCUCCCCCCAUUCCCCUUCCCCACACACCCACCUGUGGCACAGGCACAUUUCUUGCAGGGAACAGAUGGCACUUGUAAUUCCUUUUUCUUUUUUGUUACCGUUUGAGGGAGAGCGACAAGAUUUUCUAAAGUGAUUGAAUGGAGGUUUCUUUGGCAUGAGACAGAAAAUUUUUAAAGGUAUAUUAUAUUUCUGGCUUGUUGUUACAGAAUAAUAAUAAAGAAUGUAUUUUCCUAUGCU